AGUAAAAUAAAAAUUAGAAUUUCAAGUUUGAAAGAUUGUAAAACCUCUAGCCAUUCUUUUCUCCUCUCCCUUUCUGUUUGUAAAACCUCACCAGAUCUGUUCCAAAACCCAAACCUCAGUCUGCAAACAUGUCUGCAGCUCUGAAUUUGACGCUCGAUGACAUCAUCAAGAACAACAAAAAAUCUGGAUCCGGAAACUUCCGUGGCCAGAACCGAUAAUCCGGAUCCGGACCUUCACGCCGCUCCCCUAACCGUGCUGCCAACCGCGCCGCUCCAUAUGCCACCGCCAAGGCGCCCGAGGCGACUUGGAAACACGAUCUACACGCAGAUCAGCUCGUGGCUGCGGCGGAUCCUGCUCAAGGUGGUCUUGCGUCUUCCAUGGAAACUAGGACCAAACUUUACAUUUCUAACUUGGAUUAUGGCGUUUCCAAUGAUGAUAUUAAGGAAUUGUUUUCUGAAGUUGAUGACCUGAAACGGCAUGGGGUUCACUAUGACAGGAGUGGAAGAUUGGAGGGUACUGCAGAAGUAAUAUUUUCACGACGAGCUGAUGCUGUAGCUGCUGUAAAGAGAUACAACAAUGUUCGAUUAGAUGGGAAAACAAUGAAGAUAGAGAUUGUGGGAACAAACAUUUCUACGCCUGGUGUUCCUGCUGCAAACAGAGCUAUUGGAAAUUUGAAUGGAGUUCCUCGAAGCGGACAAAGAAGAAGUGGGGCAUUUAGAAAAGCAGGAGGAAGAGGGCAAGGCAUUCAAAGGGAUCGAGGUCAAGGAAGAGGUCGUGGUGGAGGAAGACGUGAUGAAAAAUUAUCUGCAGAUGACUUGGAUGCUGAUCUGGAGAAAUAUCAUGCAAGGCAAUCCAAUUGAACUAAAGGAAUGACCCAUGUUUUACUUUCUUGCUAAACAUAUUCGGGGCUUGGUGAUGGAACACUGUAUUUUGCUAUCCCUAUUUAUUAGGGGAAAGGGAAUGGACUUCUUUAGUGAAACUUUUACGCUUUGACCCGUGGAGUUUGGGCUUCUGUUGCCUAUUAAUCAUUUUCCUUGGUAUGAAAUAUGGAUUACGAAACAGGAGUCAGCACUUUUGGCAUUAAUUUGUUUUAACAAGUGUAUUGUGGAAGUGGGAACCAUGAUCUCGUCUAUCAAAUGCACAAAGGUCUAGUUGGCCGCUACAAAAUAUGGGAGGCUGCAGAAUUGAUUGACCCACAGUUGCUUUGAUGUUUUGGUUAAACCACACCAAUGCAGCGGAAUCUUCAAAUAAGGUAGAUUCCCUACCUCCUCUUUUAACAAUCUCCCCACAAAAUAGUCAUGUGAUCUGUUUUUAUUAUAUUGUGACCUUGCCCUUUGUUGUGUAAUCAUCGAGGUUUGUCAUCCUACUUGUUGUAGUUGGGGACAUCUUUCUUAAUUGCCUUCAUCGGCUGGUUGCACUCGGUGUUACAAGAUUUGCUAUAAGACUUGUUAUCUCAGCCCUUCGCCUGUACUGAAUCUGAGAACUGUCAUUGCUGGUUACGAUUACAUGCUAGGCCAUUUUUCUAGCCAUACUUUACUGGUUGGAACUGAAAGGGACAAGUGUUUCGCUAGUCAGAUUCUUUUUAACUAGACAGUCAUUGAUAACCCCAUUCUUAGCAGUAGGAAAUGAUGGCGUUAACUUCCUUGUUAACUUCCUUUAACCCAGUGUAACGUUUAAAACUAUUUUUUUUUAUGUUUAGGAACAUUUCAUUGUGCUGGCUUGCUCUGUUAUUAACAUUAUUUUUGUUCGCUGACCUGUAAAUGGCGAGUGAUUGUGCUGUCUUUUGCAGUGCUUGUUUCAA